GAGAUCAUGGGAGCCUGGCACGUCCGAGUGGGCCCCGCGGAGCCGCCCCCGGGGGAUGGGGGGCGCCCCAAUCCAGCCUGGGGCGAGUGGUGCGGAGGGGGGGCGCCCGGGGAUGCACCCGUGCACCCCGGGAUGGCCGCGAGGCGUGCCCUCCCGAGGAUGCUCCGGGGAGUUCCAGGGUCUGCAGCUGGAGCGGGAUGCGUGCUUGGCCUCUAACUACGCGCUGGCCAAGGAGAACCUGGCCUUGCGUCCUCGCCUGGAGAUGGGCCGGACAGCCCUGGCCAUCAAGUACCAAGAGCUUCGAGAGGUGGCCGAGAACUGCGCAGACAAGCUGCAGAGACUGGAGAAGAGCAUGCAUCGCUGGAGCCCCCAAUGUGCGCUGGGCUGGCUGCAGGCUGAGCUGGAGGAGGCUGAGCAGGAGGCUGAGGUCCAGAUGGAGCAGCUGCUGCUGGGGGAACAGAGUCUGGAGGCCUUCCUGCCAGCCUUCCAGAGGGGCCGUGCCCUGGCCCACCUGAGGCGGACACAGGCAGAGAAACUACAGGAAGUGCUGAGGCGUCGAGAGCGCUCUGCCCAGCCGGCCCCCACCACUGCUGCUGCAGCUGCUGCUGCCGCCACCGCCAUGGAUCCCCCCAAACCCUUCCCUGCUGCUGCCGUCCUGCCCACUGGGGCCGCCCGGGGACCACCUCCAGCAGUACCCCGGAGCCUGCCCCCCUUGGACUCCCGCCCAGUGCCCCCAGUGAAGGGCUCCCCCGGGUGCCCUUUUGGCCCAGCCCCUUUGCUGAGCCCUCGACCCUCUCAACCUGAACCCCCUCAUCGGUAGGAGCCAGGGUGCGCCCUCCCAGCGGGGGUCCAGACAAACUUGAUUCAUGGCUCCUCCUCCUCCCCCACUGCCUGGGUGGGGGGAGGGGCAGGCCCCUCCCCCUAGCCUCAGGCAGGCCCAGGGCCCUGGAGGCUGAGCUGGGGAAGAGGGGCUCCCCGAAGAGGCCCGUAGAGGGCUGGGGGUGGGGUGGGCAGGGUGCUGGACUUCGGUCACCAAGGAAACUCUGCCUUUUUAUUUUAUUUUUUCGUCUCCCCGGCUGGGGCCUCCAGGGUGCCAAGCCAGGUCCUCAAAUGAAAAAGAACUUUAUGGGGUCCUGCUUCCUCCAGGGGAGUCUUGCUUGGGGGCCUGUCGCACCCUGCCACACUACUGGGCUCGAACAACCGCCAAGGCUAACUGGAUUGUUCUCCUCAUAUCCUGAGCUAACCAACCCUUCCUGCAGUUUGAGGGCCCUCCGCCUAGGAGCCGGGUGGUCAUGCCCCAGCUGCGGGCCCAGGGACACCCCCAAUGGCCUUGCACCUGGCCCUGGGGCAAGGUAGGACAGAGGCCUCUUGACCUGCACAGGUGAGAGCCUGCCACCCCCAGGAAAGACCAUUCUGUAUUUUUCUGUCCCUGUCUCCUUAGAAUGGAACCUUUUUGAGGGCAGGUCCUUGUCUUUGUAUGUUCUGUCCCCAGCCCCGCCUCCUAGGGGCUGUCAAUAAAUGUGCUGAUGGAUGACGGUGA